AGUUGACGAACAGUGAGGAAACCACCCUGACGUGCUGUUUUUCUGGUCCACUAAAAUGGCUGUUGUCGAGGAUGGGGAAUAAAUAGCCUGUGAGCCUUUACACGCAUAUAAAUCGAGGAUUGAGACGACAACACCGAAGUGUGGAGCAUUUAUAUACGUUUUACUCCAGAGGAGAAGUAGCUGCAGCCAUGGACACCACCACCUCCAUCAAGAUGACCACUCUGGCCAUCCAGAACCUCUUCAGCUACGUGGAGGAGGAGAACCUGGCAGCACUCAAGGCCCACCUGGACAAGUUCAAGGAGGUGGAUGGCAGGAGUGACAAUGGGCAGACACCCCUGAUGCUGGCUUCAGAGCAGGGCAGUAUUGAGAUAGUACAGGAGCUCAUCAGGAGAGGAGCCAAUGUUAACCUGGACGAUGUGGACUGCUGGUCUGCUCUGAUCUGUGCUGCUAAGGAGGGCCAUGUAGAUGUGGUGAAGGAGCUGCUAGACAGCAGUGCUUACAUGGAACACAGAGACAUGGGAGGCUGGACGGCCCUGAUGUGGACUGCCUACAAGGGCCGCGUGGAGGUAACCAAGGUUCUCCUUGACAACGGAGCCAACCCCAACACUACUGGACAGCAAUACAGUGUGUACCCCAUCAUCUGGGCAGCAGGCAGAGGUCAUGCUAAGAUCGUCCAGGUCCUGCUGGAAAAUGGAGCCAAGGUCAACUGCUCUGACAAGUACGGCACUACCCCUCUGAUCUGGGCAGCCAGGAAGGGCCAUUUUGACUGUGUGAUGCACCUGCUGGAGAACGGAGCCGAUGUCGACCAGGAGGGGGCGAACUCGAUGACAGCUCUGAUUGUGGCAGUGAAGGGAGGUUUCACUGAGGUGGUGAAGGAGCUUCUGAAGAGGAACCCUAACGUGAACAUGACGGAAAAGGACGGAAACACAGCCCUGAUGAUCGCUGCCAAGGAGGGCUACACUGAGAUAGUACAGGACCUGCUGGACGCUGGCACCUACGUCAACAUACCAGACAGGAGUGGAGACACGGUGCUUAUCGGGGCAGUGAGAGGAGGCCAUGUGGAGAUAGUGAGGGCUCUGCUGCACAAAUACGCUGAUAUCGACAUCAGAGGACAGGAUAACAAGACAGCCCUGUACUGGGCCGUGGAGAAAGGCAACGCCACCAUGGUGAGAGAUAUCCUUCAGUGCAACCCCGACACAGAGACCUGCACCAAGGAUUCAGAGAGCCCUCUGAUCAAGGCCAUUAAGAUGAGGAAUAUUGACAUAGUGGAGCUUCUGCUGGACAAAGGAGCCAAGGUGUCAGCUGUGGAUAAGAGAGGCGACACACCUCUCCACAUCGCCAUACGUGGCCGGAGCCGCAGGCUGGCGGAGCUCCUCCUCCGUAACCCGAAAGAUGGCCGCCUGCUGUACCGGCCCAACAAGGCCGGCGAGACGCCCUACAACAUCGACUGCAGCCACCAGAAGAGCAUCCUCACCCAGAUCUUUGGAGCCCGCCACCUGUCCCCUGCUGAGUCUGACGGAGACAUGCUGGGUUAUGACCUGUACAGCAGUGCCCUGGCAGACAUCCUCAGUGAGCCCACCAUGCAGCCACCCAUCUGUGUGGGCUUGUACGCCCAGUGGGGCAGCGGCAAGUCCUUCCUGCUCAAGAAACUGGAAGAUGAGAUGAAGACGUUUGCUGGCCAGCAGGUGGAACCGUUGUUCCAGUUUUCCUGGAUGGUGUUGUUCCUGUCCCUGCUGCUGUGUGGUUCUGUAGCUCUGGUCCUGGGCUUCACCGUCGACCCUAAGCUGGCCAUUGCCGUCUCCCUGAGCCUGCUGGCCCUGGUCUAUGUCUUCUUCGUGGUGGUGUACUUCGGCAGUCGUCGUGAGGGGGAGAACUGGAACUGGGCAUGGGUGAUCAGUACCCGUCUGGCACGACACAUUGGCUACCUGGAGCUGCUGCUCAAACUGAUGUUCGUCAACCCCCCUGACCUGCCCGAACAGACCACUCGCGCACUUCCCGUCAGGUUCCUGUUCACGGACUACAACCGUCUGUCCAGUGUGGGAGGAGAGACCAGCCUGGCAGAGAUGAUAGCCACCCUGUCUGAUGCCUGUGAGAGGGAGUUUGGCUUCAUGGCCAGCCGCCUUUUCAGGGUCUUCAAGACGGAGGAAUCACAUGGGAAGAAGAAGUGGAAGAAGACAUGCUGCGUUCCCUCCUUCGUCAUCUUCGUCUUCAUCCUGGGCUGCCUGAUCACCGGCAUGGCCCUCCUCGCCGUCUUCAAGGUGGACGUUGCCAACCAGACGGUGAACGCUGUGCUGAUCGCCAUGGCCAGCGUGGUGGGCCUGGCGCUGGUGCUCAACUGCCGGACCUGGUGGCAGGUGGCCGACUCGGUGCUAAACUCCCAGAGGAAGAGGCUGCACAGCGCCGCCAACAAGAUGCACAAGCUCAAGAGCGAGGGCUUCAUGAAGGUGUUGAAGAAUGAGGUGGAGCUGAUGGCGAGGAUGGCUAAGACCAUCGAUGGCUUCACUCAGAACCAGACGCGACUGGCUGUCAUCAUAGACGGCCUGGACUCCUGUGAACAGGACAAAGUACUGCAGAUGCUGGAUACGGUGAGGGUGCUGUUUUCCAAAGGCCCCUUCAUCUCCAUCUUCGCCAGCGACCCCCACAUCAUCAUCAAGGCCAUCAACCAGAACCUGAACAGCGUGCUCAGGGACUCCAACAUCAACGGCCAUGACUACAUGAGGAACAUCGUCCACCUGCCCGUCUUCCUCAACAGCCGGGGGUUGAGUAGCGCCAGGAAGAUGUGUGUGGCAGCGCCUGCUAACGGAGACACCAGCAACUCAGACGGUAAUCCGUACCAAUCAGACGGCUGGCAUGAGGAGCUGGACAGGAAGCUAUCCCAGCACAGCAUCGGAGAGAUGACAAAGUUUGGCAGCAAGACCACCCUAAACCGCAGGGACACAUACCGGCGCAGGCAGAUGCAGAGGACGGUGACGCGGCAGAUGUCCUUUGACCUGAGCAAGCUGCUGGUGACAGAGGACUGGUUCAGUGACAUCAGUCCCCAGACCAUGAGGAGGCUGCUCAACAUAGUCUCUGUCACAGGUCGUCUGCUAAGGGCCAAUCAGAUCACGUUCAACUGGGACCGCCUGGCGUCGUGGAUCAACCUUACUGAGACGUGGCCCUACAGGACCUCCUGGCUCAUCCUAUUCCUGGAGGAGACGGAUGGCAUUCCUGACCAGGCCGCCCUCAAGACCAUCUAUGAGAGGAUCUCCAAAAACAUUCCCACCACUAAAGAUGUGGAGCCCCUGUUGGAGAUUGACGGGGAUGUGCGUAGCUUCGAGGUGUUCCUCUCCUCCCGUACCCCGGUCCUCAACUCGCGCGACAUGAAAACCUUCCUACCCUGCACCGUCAACCUCGACCCCAAACUACGAGAGAUCAUCGCAGACGUGCGUGCUGCCAGGGAGCAGAUGAGCAUCGGAGCGGUGCCCUAUCCCAGCCUGCCCUUGCAGGAGGCCGCUCCCCGUCCUACCUCCGUCUACAGCCAGCAGUCAGGCAUGUCCGCCUACUCCCCCUCCUUCAACGGGCCCUUCAACCCGCCAGGGGUGGUGUCCCCACCGCCACACAGCAGCUACUACAGUGGCAUAGCUGGCCCCCAGCACCCCUUCUACAACAGGCCAUAUUUCCCCCAUCAUGUUUACCAGCUGCCACGCCAGUACGUGGGCACUUUCCCUGUUCAUGCACCUCCACCACGUCCAUUCCCACAUAAAAGUGGCUUUCCCCGGGAUCCGAGCAGUGGACACCCGUUAAAGGUACCGUCUUUGAAAAAGAAGCAGGGUUCUGCCUCUGUGGUGUCGGCCACCCCGGUCAUCCUCCUGAGCUCCAUGAACACAGACGCAGUGUGUGAGCGCGUCAAACAGAUCGAGGGCAUCGACCAGAGCAUGCUGGUCCAGUACACAGCCACCAUCAAGAAGGCUAAUGUGAACGGCAGAGUUCUGACCCAGUGCAACAUCGAUGAACUGAAGAAUGAGAUGAAAAUGAACUUUGGAGACUGGCAGCUCUUCAGAGGAACUGUGUUGGAGAUGCGUCAUGUGGAGAGCCAGGUGCUUCAUGAGGAGGCUCCCAGCGAGAUGGGCAGCAGUGUGGCGGGCCAUGGGGAACCGAGGCGCCAGGUCGCCCCGCCCCAAGCUGGCGCCGCCAACCUCGACGCCAACUCACCGAUGUACAGCUUCAACCUGAGCUUUGAGGAGCUAAGCAACGUGGGACUGGAUGAGCCUCCCAGGCACAGCAACAACACAUGGAUGGCCCCGACCCACCGCACCCCCAGCAUGUCCAGCCUCAACUCCCCGGAGUCGUCCAACGACAUCGUCAAGCUGACUGAAAAGCAGCAAUCCGAGUACCGCAACGCCUACCAGGAGUACAUCGCCCAGAUGGCCACGCUGGAGGUGGGCGGAGGCGGGGGAGAGAAGCCCGUCCAGCCCCACCCCAACCAGUUCAUGACCUCCUCCAGCUCCGAAGAUAAGACCAAGGACAAGGCUACUGCCAAGAGGAGCACCACCAAGCCCCCCGCUGUAGACGCCCCAGACUUCACCAACGCUGAAGCCGCCCUGGACCCCAUCACAGAGGAAGAUGAGAAGCAGGACCCCCAUGGCUCCUCCAAAACCCUGCUGGGCCGCAAGGCCUCCGGAUCCAGCGACAGGGGGAGCGGCCUGUUUCUGGGAGCCACCGAUCUCAAGUUGAAGGCCACCGGCGGGCUGCGUUACGAGAAGCUGACCAGCGACGACGAGGAUUCAGAGAACUCCGACACUCCUCUCCUGGGCGACGGGAAGAAGCCCGGUGAAACCAAAGCAUCCUCCUGCAGCAGCUCCCUGGCCCUGGCUAAGGGGAAAGAAUAUCUCUCCGAUGCCAUGCUGGAUAAGAAGGAUUCGUCGGACUCUGGCAUGCGGUCCAAUGAGAGCUCCCCCAACCACUCUCUGCAAGACGAGGAGGCCGACCUUUCCCAGCUGGAAAGGGCCAACCUCAUCGACCUGGACCAGGAGGAGAGCCAGAGCCUGGCAGCCAGGAAGAGGGGUCUGCCCAGCAGCCUGAGUGGUCUCCAGGACCCGGCUGUGGCCCGCAUGUCCAUCUGCUCCGAGGACCAGUGCAGCCUGCUGGCCAGCAGCCCCGAAGAGAGCUGGCCCUCGUCCAAGAACUACAACCUGAACCGCACGCCCAGCAACACCACCCUCAACAAUAACACCAACGCCCAGCAGCAGCGUUGCCCAGGGCAGAGUGCUCCGGUGGGGUCGACCGACACUACCUGCUCCACCCCUACCUCCUCCUCCACCAGCGAGAUCAUCGUCUCCCCGGGUUCCGGCACCACCAAGUCCGGGCCGCACAACGAAAACGUGCGCGUGGUGCACCUGAAGCGGGGGCUGAACCCCGGGGAUCCCCCAGAGAUCACCAGUGUGUCCUCCGACACCGUCACCUUCGGAGAGGAGCGCGAGAGCAUCCUGUGAGCCUCCCCGCCCACGUCGUACCCAGGAGGGAGACGCCUGGAGAGCACUCAGUCAGUAGAUCUUUGGUGUGGUAGUCUGAACAACGCAUGAGUAGCAAGGUACCAUAGCUAGCUAAAUGGGUAGAUAAAUUAAGAUUUUAGGGCUAUAUGUUCCUAGGUGUGUACUACGUAGAUAGCCUCGUUAAACCGGCCUGAUUUUGCGUGCUCACAUUCUGUUUUACUUUAGUGAAAUAAAAGGAGAGCGCAGCGGUCGGUCUGGUUUCACGAGGCUACUAUGUACUGUAGAGGCAGCGUACUAAUGUUGUAUUGUGUAUUUUUAUCAUCUGAAGUGAAGUGACCCAUACUAACUAUAUUGGUAGUUACUUACAGUAUAAUUGACAACUAAUUGCAUACAGUGACUGACAACUAUCUGUGAAUUGUCCCGCACUAGAGCAAGCAUUUUAAGCUUGAGUGCCAGUCUGUUUGUGCUAUCAGGCCAACUUCUUGUCACUCAUUGUCAUGCCAAGGGAUUGACAAGAGCACGAAUCUAUCCGGGACCAGUCUAGGAGCAUGUGCCAACAGUAUUAUUCUUAGCUGCUGCUGCCUAUGUGUGUCAACUAGUGAUGUACGGAGCUUGUGGGUUCUGUACAAUAGAAGAUCGUUGAAAGAAUAAAUGCAAAUGAACACGUGAGCCAAAUUGAACAAAAGUGUGUGUGUGUAGGAUCUGUCUUUGCCAUGUCUCAGCAAAUGUCAUGGAGGAGACUCAACUGAACUGUUCUGCAAUGUUGCUAUAGCCACAGGACUUUUAACUAUGUUUGCAUCCCAAAUGGCACCCUAUUCCCUAUAAAGUGCACUACUUUUGACUAGUCCUAUGGGCCCUCCUUACAACACUAACAAACAGUUGAGGAUUAAAGGGAGGGGACGUUGACACUAAUAUGUGACAAUAAGUGUUUUAAGAAAAAAAUUAGAACAAGAAGUAUGUUCAGAAAAGUUAGUGAUCUCCAGAAGAAUUCAGUUGCAUUCGCCAUGUGAUAAAUUGGACUGUAUGUACGCUUCUUUGUAAUGAACAGUGGUUGUAAAAUCAUUUUGGUUUAUUAAAUGUUGUCAUGGUCUGUCUCGUCCCGUAACACUAGUGCUAUGUAUCCAAUGCCAUUGAAGUAUACAUUUGAUAAGCAGAUGGCAUCGGAUUCACAAAUCUGGCUACAGAUUAUGACCCGUGCGAUGCAUAUGCAAAUUAGUUUGACGUCUGUGCAAAUGUCAGAGUGCCCUCCUGUGUAGCAUGCACUGUGAUGUUCUAUGGUGUAUUUUACCCAGUCUGAUGAUAACCGUGUCGGGGGAAAAAAAUAAGAAAAUAGGGUAUUCUAUCUAUAAAGGAAAAUAAGUGAAUUUUGCCAUCAGACAUUAAUCGGACUGAAAAAUAAAAUCUGGAUGUUGGCCAUA